AUGCGUGGUGACAGACCUGUCACACAUCAACCCGUGUCACUGGAGAGCUUGGACUUCAGCUCCCAGAACCCCCAGCAGGAUCACGUGACGCUGCAACUUCCCUCCAACUCAGAAACCUCGACGGACUGCAUUACCCACAAUGCUGUCACUGCAGAGAAGAGAAUGCUGGACAUGGCUCCUGAUGCUGUCGAUGACACCUUCUCAGAGUGUCGUGACAAAAUGAUGCAGAAAGUUACAGCACAAGGCGGCCUGUUGCAGAAAGAGCUCAAGGCUAAUAAGGAUUUUGCAGACAUGUGGAGGAAUCACACUGGAACUUGUGAGAAGCAAAUUUAUGGAGGGCAAAAACAUCACUUGGCUGCACUGCAGGCUUAUGGGAAUUCUAGAUUUCAAUUCCGAAAGACAUUUAACAGACUGGUUCAGACUAAAGGCAGCAACGCCACAACAUACAACGACGAAUUUCCCUUCAAGUCUCUUCACUUUCUGCUAACAGAUGCCUUACGACUUCUUAACCACGGCAAAACAUGCUACACUGUGUACUUUGGCACAAGCAACCAGUAUACAGCAGAAAACGAGACGGAGGUGCGUUUUGGGAGGUUCAUACGUGCCAGUAUCCAUGAAAGCCUUGAAAUUGAACAUAUUAUCACAGCAGAUGAAGGCACGCUGUUCAACAUCACCUCCUGUUCUGUGGUUAAUGUGGAGAACUUCACGUGCACUUCUGAGGAAAUUGAACGGCUUAUUUCCCCAGCUGAGGUCUUCAGAGUGCAGAGCAUCGAGACUGCUUCAACUGAUGAUGUUGACUAUAAAAUAAUCACUUUAAAACAUUCAGGCUUUCUGAGCAACCAUGACUGCUACCUUUUUCAGAGGUAA